AUGCCCUCAUCUAGCGAAGAUGACCGCCGGUCCUCGAUCGAUGCCAUCGAUUUUGACGCCGAACACAAAGAGCCUCUACUACCUGGAUCAGUCCCAUCAUCACGGAGCCGCAGGAGAGGGACAAUACUUGCAUGGGUCAAGGCUAGGCCUCGCGUCUUGCUAAGAGCCUUCCGUCGACAGCCGCGCUCGCUCCCUCGACUCCUCCUGCGGCAUUCCUUCAUCUUUGUCUUGUUAAUAUUCGUUAUAACUCCUAUUUUCUUUCCCUCUUAUACGCGCCAUCCGAAACACUACAAAGCUUUGCGGAGACGAUGCCUGGUAUCCGACAGCUUAUCCGGUUGCGCAAAUCCCCAGAAUGAAAAAGUAUUUAUAGCUGUCAGCUUAUACGACCCCGAUGGAGGGAUUGCGGGAGGAGAAUGGGGCAAGAACGUGCUGGACCUGAUACACAUGAUUGGGGAGGAGAACGUAUUCCUCAGCAUCUACGAGAACGACAGCGGAGAAAAGGGCUCGGCAGCACUGGAAGAAUUCAAGAAUAAUGUGCCAUGUAAACACAAUAUCCUCAUUGAGGACUCUGUCGACUACCGCAUCUUCCCCCACAUUACGAUGCCCGACGGCACGCAACGGCUCAAACGGCUGGCAUACCUUGCAGAAAUGCGGAAUCGCGCACUCUACCCGCUUGACCAAUUCGACCCAGAAGUUGGAGUAGUCAAAUACGACAAAAUACUGUUUCUCAACGACGCCAUGUUUGCCCCGGUCGACGCCGCCCACCUGCUCUUCAGCACCAACACCGGCGAAGACGGACGUACUCACUAUCUUUCGGCCUGCUCUAUCGACUACGAUUUGAAUGCCUUCACCGAAUACGAUCUGUACGCUCAGCGAGACGCCGAGGGAUACUCGAACGGCAUACCAAUCUUCCCCUACUUCGCCAACUCGGGCGAGGGCAUCUCUCGAAAAGCCAUGGUUUCGCAGACGGACGCCGUUCCCGUGAAAAGCUGCUGGGGUGGCAUGGUGGCCAUGCAAGCCAAGUGGAUCCAGAACCUUGAGAAGAAAUUGCCGAGUAAGGACUGGCAAUCUGUUGCGCACCACGUCAUCAAUCCAGACCAUCCCCACAACGUCACAGCCCCGGUGCGCUUCCGUUACGAGCCCGAAAUUUACUUUGACGCCUGCGAGUGCUGCCUUUUUCUGGCAGACGUAUCCACCGUCGCGGAAAGGGCUGGGGAGCUAGAUACUGGCGUGUUCGUCAACCCAUAUGUACGCGUGGCCUACAAGAAGCGGACGCAAGUCAUUGAGCGUUUUGUUCGUCACUGGGAGCGCCUCUUUGCCCUGCCUCAAAGCAUCAUCACAUACUUUUUGCGCUUGCCGACUCCCAACCCACACCGCGAGGUGGUCGAAGGACAGCGUUUCGAGGAGGAAAUCUACCAGCGCAAGGAAGGAUGGAAGAUGGUAGAACGGACGGGCCGCAAUGGCAUGUUCUGCGGCGUACGCGAGAUGCAGCUCAUCAAGGAGGGGCAGCGCGUCGGCAAGAACUGGGAGAACUGGCAUGGCAUUCCGCGGGCAGACCAGAAGCUUCACUUUCCCUUGUGA